UUUUUCUUCUGAGAUUCACGUGACCAGACGGCUGUGUCCUGCUCGCAGAAGGACACCAACACGAACUCCUAAGAAGGAGGAUUACCCUCAACACCGGGAGUCCCUGCCCCGUAGCGUCCCGGUGAAACACCGGGUAGCGUUCCGUCAAUUCAAAAUAUGGCGGCCACGGCGGCAGCGGGCCUCCUGGCGCGGGGGGCGUUCGGUGCGUUCACCCUCCGGGCUCCACGCAGCCUGACGGCACUGAAAACGCGGCAGUGCAGCUCCGAACUGGCAACCGAGCGGGAUGAAAAAACCAAGAGAUCUCCAUUCAGACCAGCACCCAGCACCACACACGACUGGAUCGGACCACCGAACCCUCUCUCCAACAUCCGGCCCAUCGUUUACCACGUUCCCGAGAACGAGUCGGAGCUGGAGAGACGCCUGAGACACCUGAGGCAGGAGACCGAGGACUGGAACCACGACUUCUGGACCAAGCAGAACAUCAGCUUCAGCCAGGAAAAAGAAGAGUUUAUCUUUUCACAACUGAACAGAAAAGGCUUGACAAUGCGUGACGAGGAAGGACGCCGGCGGUCCCUGAGCAGUGAGGAAAUGGCCGUGUUUUACAAACGCUUCCUGGAUACAAACCGAAUACGACACGGAGAUUAUAACCGGGAAUGGUACCGACGUAACUUCACCAUCACCUUGCUCAUGGCCCGCGUGGCCCUGAAGCAGAUGUGGACAACAGUUAUUGAAAGAUACAACAGACCUCCUUCCAGCUCAUAACUAAUAAAUUAUUCACCCGCAGUCAUA